AUGAUUGCCUGCGCUGGCAAGAGUGCCUUUGAAUAUGUAGUUACAAGAAGGGCCGGGCUGGAAUACUGUCAGGCACUGCAGAAGUCCGUGGAGCAGCGGCAACAGUUGGAUGAUGCAAUUGAGAGAUACGAGCAGGACUUGGCCGAAAAAAGGCAGAUAAUGAAGGGCGCCAUUGAGGACACCCAGCUGGAAUUGGCUGCUGCACAGGAACGGGCAACUUUGGAGGCCGGUCUCUUGAGCAGCUCCACCGCGAUUCUCACAGAUCGGACUGCCCCGCAGGAGCUUGCGAGCACUACGGCCGCACGAGAUGCAGCCCGGCAUCGGGCCAAAUGGUUGAAAGAUGAGCUGCAAACUGUUCAGGCUCAGAGUCGCCGCCCACAGCCUGUGGAGCACGGACCACUGCAGACUUUGCAGCGGGAGGUCCAGCGUUUGCGCAAAGAGCUGGACACUUUGGAGAGUCAGGAGGACAGGGCCAGGCACUUGGAUCCCAGGCACCAUGAGGAAAUGGAUGAGGCACGUAAGGACAUCGCCGAGUCAGCUGCUGAGAUGGCUUCCAGGUCAGAGCGGUUGAAGCGCAGCGAAGCGGCUCUUGAGAAGCGCCGAGUUGAGGUUCGAGUAGCUGCGGAGGAGGCUUCAUUGCAGAAGUUGGAGGCCAACUCACAAAAGGCUGAAUGCGAACGGAUCUCCAACGAAAUCGUGGACCUGCAGGGAGAGCAGCAAACAGCUUCUGCAAGAUCCCAGCAGUUGGAGCGAGAAGCCAAGUCAUUGGCCCUGGCUUACGAUCGCUGCAAAGAAAUGUGCUUCGUCUACGGUGCAGCCAUCCUCAGGAAUGCCGCAAGCGCUCAGCUGGGCAAGGAGAGAAAAGCUUCAUCACGCAGAGGCGUUGAGGCCCUGAUCGAAGCGUUGGCACUCCGCUUCGGGUGGCCGGAGGUGGCCUUCCUGCGCUUGGACCGUCGUGGUUCAGGACGUUUGGGAGCACAAGAGCUGCGGAUGGGCUUGCUUUUAGGCGCGGGCCUCGACUUCCCUGCGGUGACAGGGUUGACUGCGGAAGCCCUGCUGGCGGCCAUCGAUCGACGCUGUGCAG